GUCCAUGUGUUAAACAGGCGGUUAUUUGGAUAGUUGCUGCUGAAAGCUUCUGCUACCUUCCCCAGUUCAGGAAUGAAACACACAGGCCCUGGUGGUGGCUCUGGUUUUUUCUGGAAUUGUUCUACUGGAAACUGCUCUCUGUGAAUUGACGGCUAAUGAGACAAGCAGCCGGAGCAAAUGAGGGGCAGCGCUCUCCUCCCGUGUCCACCCUGUGGGCUCCUCCCAGGCCGAGGAAGCUCGCUGCCCAGGCUUGGACAGACCCACAAACAAGGGGAGCGGACAGCUCCACAACACUCAGCCCGUGGGGACCGGAGCAGGUGACUCUCCACCCAGCCUCUCUCCUUUGGACAAACAUGAACUCUGGAGACGUCUGGGUGCAGCUGCCUCAGGCCCUGCUGUCUUCAACAGGACUGAGGUUGCAGUUUAGUUGGCUUUCCUGUUCCUGCUUCCCUGGGUCCCCCUCAAAGAAGACGUCUGCACCCCUGUGCCACCUCACUCUGGCAUAGCCCUGCUCCUCCAAACCCCCAGGCCUGCCCUCCCUUGUCCAGGCAGAUCUGACAAUCUCCACAGUGCGGUGCAGACUUCAGCUCCAAGAAGUUGCUGAUGAUGGAGAUAAAAUCCUUUCCUGAGAGAGUCAUGAACCGCGGCCUGUUUGAGGUCAAAAGAAGAAAUGAGAACAAAGACAAGCCAAGGCUUCGCAGUGAGCCCUGAGACACCUCUCAGCUGGCCGGGUGGCCAGAGAUCCCCCCUGCAGGAGCCGCAUCGAGGCUGGUGGGCCACGUCUCCCAGCAAGCGGCACACAAGAAGGCUCCUCCCAAGAGGAGGCAUCUGCGGUCUUCCCAGAGCAAAGGCAGCAGCCCCGGGAGCCCAGCCAGUCACUGGCCACCUGCACGCCUCUACACGGCAGACCUGGCCAGGCGGGCAGUGCCCAUGGCCCCUUGCGAAUAGAAUGUGCUGGAACAGGCGGAAGCUGGGCAAUUGUCCUGCACUCUGGCCAGCCAGUCCGUGGACGCUCCUGCCAGGCAGGACUGAGCCACUCCCAGUCGGGCGGCUGCCAGCCUUUGCUCAAAUCCAGCCACGCCCUCUCUGGAUACGGUCUGGACACGGGCAGGCCGAGCAGGCAGUUGCCCCCCUGGCUGGCUCUGACCUCCUGCAGCUCAAGAGAGGAUGCAUCGCGCUUCCAGGCAUCCGGGUACUGAGCGCCGCUGCUCCGCCGUUUCUUUCUGCUACCGCUAAUUCAAAACAGGGCGGGGAGCAGCUAGGCAGCAGCUGGGAGAGCUGCGGGCCCCUCCACCCAGUUGCUGGUGGGCUCCAUCCGGCCGCACCGCCCGCACAUGCUCACCUCCAGCUGCCUCGGCCCAGCGGCACGGAUGGACUCAACGGCGACCACCGCGGCAGCUCCCAGGGGACUCCCCACAGGUCAGCUGAGCUUUGCUUUCUGUCAGCGUGCACGGUUCCCAAAUGUCGGUGGUGAUUUUUGUGAGGUGGGAGGUCAGCACAGGAAGAGUGGGGAGGCGAACCUCCCUUCCCGCUGUUUCCCGCCUUUUCCUCCUGGCCGUUGCCUUUCCACGUUGUCCUCCCUGCUGCCUGCCCCCGCCCACACUGAGCAGGAAGGUGGGGUGUGGGCGGGGAGGGGAGUGGAACUGACGGAAUCAGAAAGGGUGGUGCCAUUGUCUCCGGCCUAGCUUCUAUUUAAUCAUUAGUUUCAAUUCAGGAAAACGUUCUUUUGAGGUAAUUUUAAAAAUAAAUCACAUGCACCUCUCGAGUUAAGAAAACCAAGUGUCACAAUCGUUGUUACCAUGCAGGUGAGAGGAGAGGAGGGAGGAUGGGAAAGCGAAGGGGCAUGAGAAAGGCUGAUGGGACUGAGCAUCUACAGCUCACUGGCCUCCACGCACGUGCUGGCCCUCCCAGUCCACAGCACCAGCGGCAUCUUCCCCACCCUACAGCGAGGAGGUGGAUGCUGCCCCAAGGUGAGGAGCAUGUCAGGGUGGCUUCCAGGUUCAGGUUCUCACCCAGGCCUCAGCCUCAUAUGUGCAUUCUGCUCUAGAACAUUCCUGUUCAUGCGUGGUCGUCGCUCACUGGUGGCCGCUUAGGUGCACUUCCCAGUGGCACUGCCCAGCACGGAGCAAUGCCUCUGAGUGGCAGUUCCCACGGCCCCUCCCAAGGCGGAGGAUGCUGCCGCCAAGGAAACUGGGUCACCACGGACGCUGGUGAGCUAUGGAGCUAUCAGUGAGGUGUGGAUUUCUGAGGCCUCUGGCAGGAGCCAGAGUAAAGGCCCUGAGUGUCUAGACUAGCCAGAGUGUCUGAGUGUAGGUCAGCAAAUGUGGGCAAAUGUCUAGGAGGUGGUGUCCUGCAGGGAACUGAAGGCCCGUGGGGGACGUGACCAACUCAGCAUUCCGCUGAGGCUACAAACAGCAAACUGUUUAUCAUGAAUGCAGGAUGUGGGCAAACUCACAGUGCCCUGCCACCAAAAGGUUUGCUAACAGACAUCACUCCCUAGCUCUGGGCUCCUUGAAGUUAUCUGCUUAAAAAAUCUAGUGCCUGUUAUCCAGAAAAUGCAAGCCUACUGUGAACCAAACGACAGACAGACAAUCACCAACCACCUCCCGGCCUUUCUCGCUAUCUCUUUUUGCCUAAUGAAUACGGAGGGCUGUGUAAAGUUCAGGGCCCAAAGGCAAGGUGCCCCCAACCCAUUCUUCCAAAUAUACUCUUUUGUCUUUUGUCUUUUAUUCCCGCGUUGCCCCCCUUUGUUCAGUCCAAUAGGUCCGCAACAGUGUCCCGAGGGUAUGAAUCCUGGAAGACAACGCUCCACUAAGCAGGCAUUUACCAGGUUAGUGCCUGUUUCCUGGGUAUUAAGGGAAAACAGUAAAAUGUUCUGUACGGGGGUCCCAGUUCUGCGUCACACGAGAAGAGAGUGUGUUUUUUUACUUUUUUAAUGUGGCUCAAUAAAAUUUUAA